AUGGGCUGCUCCGGCACAAAAGCGUCCGAAGGGCCACCGAAACCUGAGUUCGGCCAUGCCUGGGCGACUCUUCCCAAGGAAAUGGUCGUCAAAGAGCGUGCCAAACGCGCCAUCAAAGACAAGAGUGAGGCCAGCCAUGCGACAUCCUCUUGGGAUAACCUCUGCACGGAGGACGGCGAGAUAGUGCAGCCGGAACGGAAACUCCACGACCGGCAUCUACGCAAGCUCAACAAGUUCUUGCACACCAUAGAAAAGGAUCCGAAGGCCUUCGAGGCACACAUUGCGGCACAGCGGCACGAGAUUGACGACAGCCCGUCACUUGAUGAUGACAGCAGCCAGGAAACAGUCAACCUCUCGCUCUAA